AUGGCGGCACCAAAGCUGGAAUCUUUCAGGCGGGGUAGCAUGUUCGACGGAUCUUUCAGGCGAGGUAGUAUGUUCGAUGGUUCGUUUAGACAAAGCAUGAGAGAGAGGCUUAUCCCACAACAGAGCAGAAGCUAUUCCAAUGUCAACGACGAUGACCAAACUUCUGUCCGUUGCUGCUCCUACAGGUACUUCUCCGACAAGAUCACUGGGGCUGUGAAGAAAUCAAAAGAUGUUUUGGUUACGGCAUGGGAGUUGGGAACAUCUGACCCGAGGAAGAUCAUAUUCUCGGCGAAGAUGGGUUUGGCUCUGACACUUACCUCUAUCCUCAUCUUCUUUAAGAUCCCAGGAUUAGAGCUCAGCAGCCACUAUCUCUGGGCAAUUCUUACAGUAGUUGUUAUUUUCGAGUUCAGUAUAGGAGCCACCUUUAGCAAAGGAUGUAACCGGGGACUAGGAACAUUGUCCGCAGGAGGAUUGGCGCUUGGCAUGGCUUGGAUAUCUGAGAUGAGUGGAGACUGGGGAGAGGUUCUUAAUGCUGCUAGCAUCUUUGUAGUAGCCUUUUUUGCGACUUAUGCAAAGCUAUAUCCAACGAUGAAGCCAUAUGAGUAUGGAUUCCGAGUGUUCUUGCUGACCUAUUGCUACGUAAUAGUGUCAGGAUACAAAACAGGGGAAUUCAUGGAAACAGCUGUUUCAAGGUUCCUUCUAAUAGCUCUUGGUGCCUGUGUUGGCCUCGUAGUGAACACUUGCAUUUAUCCCAUAUGGGCUGGGGAAGAUCUCCAUAACUUGGUCGCCAAGAACUUUGUGAACGUAGCGACUUCUUUGGAAGGUUGUGUGAACGGAUAUCUCGAGUGCGUAGCAUAUGAUACAAUCCCAUCUAGGAUUCUGGUCUAUGAAGCUGUCGCGGAAGAUCCAGUGUACAGUGGUUACAGAUCAGCCGUUCAAUCUACAAGCCAAGAAGACACUCUGAUGGGUUUUGCUUCAUGGGAGCCACCACACGGACCGUACAAAUCCUUUAGAUAUCCAUGGGCAAUGUAUGUGAAAGUAGGUGGUGCAUUGAGACAUUGUGCUAUCAUGGUCAUGGCGUUACAUGGCUGCAUUCUCUCAGAGAUUCAGGCUGCAGAGGAUAGAAGACGAGAAUUUCGUAAUGAGCUUCAAAGAGUGGGGAUCGAAGGAGCAAAAGUACUCAGAUACAUUGGGGAACAACUGAAGAAGAUGGAGAAACUAAACCCUAUAGAAGACAUACUCUACGAGAUUCACCAAGCAGCCGAAGAACUACAGAGCAAAAUCGACAAAAAAUCGUACCUUCUGGUGAACGCCAAGAACUGGGAAAUUGGGAAUCGGCCUAGGGAUUCGACUGAUGAACAAAAAAUCUCGAAUCUCGACGAGGAUCUAAGUCGGAUCUUGGCUCAUAAAUCCCAGAGUGAAGCCACGCUUCGUCCACCGAAGAAUUGGGAUGCGGUAACAACAACUGCAACGAACUUAAAUUCGGCGACGAUGCAACCUCACCUGCAAUCAAGGACGAUGAUACAUAAACAGCCGUCGUGGCCUAGCCGGAUCUCUAUUACGCCGGGAAGUAUGUUUCAGCAACCAAUUGGGGGGGAGGCGACGCUGAGGUACGAGAGCGCGAGUAAUCUGUCUCUAGCUACGUUCGCUUCGCUACUGAUCGAAUUCGUCGCGAGGCUUGAGAAUCUCGUGAAUGCGUAUGAUGAGCUCAGUGUCAAAGCUAAUUCAAGGAAGCUGUUGCUGCUGAGUGAAGGAGGAAACGACAAAUGUACACUUUUUUAUUUUUCAAUUAAUAAUAUUAUAAUGAAUUGUAUAUCAACCAGGUCGUUGUAGUAUAGUGGUAAGUAUUCCCGCCUGUCACGCGGGUGACCCGGGUUCGAUCCCCGGCAACGGCGAAUAUUUUUGUUAUUAUUACUAUUUUCGUCCCUUACUAUUUAUGAUUCACUAUGAGUUUUAGUCCCUUCACUUUUCUUUCUCCUUUUUACUUUUUUUUUGUCGACACCGACAGAACAAAAUCCAAAUCCUAUUGGGGAUAAACUAUAAACCCUAAUUCCCCAGAAGAAAAGAUGAAAUCUGUAGCUUUUCCCGCUAAAAUCGCAAAUCUCAGCUUCCCUUCUGGCUGUAGCUCACUGUUUUUUUCGCCGGCAUUGCCUUACUCGAUAUCAUCACCUUGUCGGAAGCUGACAAAAGGAACAAGAGGUGUCGGAGGUUUGAUGUCUCAGUGUUUGUCAUCAUCGUCACAAUCAUUGUCCUCUUUAUCGAAUUCAUUCUCCUCUCAACCGGAAUCAGAGUUACUUCAAGCUUUACCCUCUUCGAAGCCAAAAUCUCCGCCACCGCAGCUGCCAUGGCUCAUUGUUGGUUUGGGUAAUCCCGGCAAGAAGUACCAGGGCACGCGCCACAACGUUGGUUUUGAGAUGGUGGACGCUUUGGCUAAUGCAGAAGGCAUCUCCAUGAACACUGUUAACUUCAAGGCCUUGUUUG